AUGUCUCAUAGAAAGCUACAAAAAGAAGUUGAUGCGGUAUUUAAGAAGAUAAACGAAGGCAUAGAUCUAUUCAAUUACUAUUAUAGCCGUCAUCAAAGUUCAAACAGCGAUUCUCAACGAGAAAAGUUAGAGGGGGACUUAAAGAAAGAGAUCAAAAAGUUACAAAAAUUUCGAGAUCAGAUUAAAACAUGGCAACUGAACGAUUCAAUUGAGGCAGCGAUAGCGCCUAGUAAAUUGCAAGAACAUAGGAAAUUGGUGGAGGAGGCAAUGGAGUGUUAUAAAGAUGUAGAAAAGAGUUCGAAGAUGAAAUCAUAUUCGAACCAGUCCAUAAUGCUAGCAGCUUUAGAGCUGGAAGAUAUUGACUUAUCGCCAGAAGCAGAGGAAGCAGUAAAAUUUCUUGAAUCAAGCAUAGAAGAGUUGGAAGAUCAGUGUGAAAAGUUGGAAGGAGAAUAUGAAAAGAUAUCUCAAAAAAAGAUUCGUAAGAAUAAUUUAACUAUGAUAGAGGAAAGGAAACAGGAACUAGAAGGCUUUAGCAAUAGAAAUAAAUUCCAUAUCGAAAAAAUGGAGAUGGUUAUCGAUUUUUUGAAGAAAGAUAAGAUCAGUCCUGAUGCGGUAUUUGCAAUUCAAGAAGACAUUACCUUUUACUUGGAAUCGAAUCAAGAGCCAGACUUUAUUGAUGAUGAUACGUUAUAUGACGAAUUAACAAAAGAAGCAUCGAGAGCUUCAACCAAUAACAAUAUCGAUGAAGAGAAUAGCCAAAAUGGCGAUAUAUCUUUCCAGGAUCAGAGCUUUUCUAAUAAAGAAGACGUGGAAGAGGUUAGUGUUUCAACUCCAAUUAAAAAGAGUUCGGACCAAUUUCCGACACCUUCAUCACAUCCGAGACCUGAUAAUUUAUCACAAAUUCAUGCAGAUGCAACAAUGACACCUCAAAGAGCACCUCUUCCCGUACCAUCGACCCCUGAAUUGUCCAGCCCAGCCAUAAUAAAAAGCUUAAAACCAGCAACCACCCCUUCAAAACCAGUGGGUAAUUUGAAAUGGGCAGUAGCUGCUGCAGGAAGUGCGCCAUCUACUUCUAGCGGAAUAGGCAAAAAUGGGGAUAUGGAUAUUAAGCCUAUGAAAGAAGAGCCAUUAUUUAUUCAAUCGCAAAAUUCUAAUGUACCUUCAAAUAAGUCGCCAUUUGAAUCACAACUGCAACUUCAAGCUCCAUCAGAAUUGCAAUACCCAGAACCUCUGUUGGAAUCGCAGUUUUCUGUAGAGAAGAAGUCCAAUGAUCCCAACUAUAGGUUUGUCGAAGUUUUACAAAACUCGUCGGUAUCAAAUACAGAACUAGAAUUAUUCAGUGAUCUAAAUCUCAUAAGGCUACCACCUGGUAUUCAAGACUUAGCAAUUUCUUUCACUGCUACAAGGAAAGUUUCAACAAACGAUUCUAAAAUAUUAAUUAAUACCAAUGCAUAUAAUCCUUACAUUACUCCAAUUCAAAAGCCAUUCCUUCCACUGGCUAUUCAGGCAACCUUUAACCAUCAUUUGCCUAAUAAUACACAGGAGCAACGUAUAAAGGCACCAUUGCACUUGCUCAAGUUCCAAUCAUACUGGAACCGUAUAAGAGCUGAGAAUCAAUUUGAUCAAUUUGUGAAAGAAAUUCAAUUGCUAUCGGCUCAAAAUAACGCAGAUAACGUACCGGUAAUAAAUGAAUUAACUAUGGUUUUGUUUUAUGGAUACUAUUAUGGAUUUACACCAAUAGAAAAUUUGAUAGCAGAAUCCUGUCUUUUCAAGUUAAACUGGAAACCGUAUGGAUCCAGGUCCGAAAUUCAAAAUAAUUUGCGAGCGACAAACCACAUUCAAGAUAAAUCGCCAUUCGAUAAAGUGUUAUUUGAAUCCAAACAUUAUUAUUACUGGUUCAAAUGCGUGAGGAAUUCCCCUACUCCUCAGGUAUAUGCCAAUGAAUAUGUUGAGCACGGCGACUAUCAAGUUUUCGACUUAAUAACGUGGGAAACCUAUAUUAAAUAUGAUUAUAGACUUGAACUCAAGCUCUGCCAGUUGGAACCAUCCAAAACAUUAUUCUAG